UGUUGCAGCGGGUCCAGAUCUCAGUGAGCACAGAUCCACGCUGUGGAUUAAAGUACUUUCAGUGACCACACAGUCCUGGUCGUGGUGUGUAGCUGCGGGUGUGGAUGGGUGGAAACGGGCCGAGUCACUUCUCUCAUGAGGAUGGAGAAGGCGGAGGAGUCACUUUUGUGAAGGGCAUUCGGCUGUCAGACAAAGUCAUCAAACGGAUGAGACAGCCUUCAAAGGUCGUCUCUCCUCCGCUCUCACCCAAUGGAAGUCCUUCUCCACCUGAAACACAAACACCCACCCCAGCCCCUGCCCCUGCUGCUGAACACUCAAUACCUCUUCUGACACCUCCACCCACUCCAUUCGUGCCUCCUCCACCUCCUCAGGAAGCUCCAUCCUCACCUCCAUCAGUGGAGCCUCCUCUUCCUCCACCUAUAAAGCUCAUCCCUCCUCCUCCUGUAAAGUUUCACUCCCUUCCUCCCACCACAACGGAGCCUGCAGCCCCGCCAAAAACUCCACCUUUAACCGACCCUGUUGUCUCAGCUCCUCCUCCACCUCAAGCUACCCCUUCUCCACAAGUAGAAGCACCUGUGGAGCCUGAAUCUCCUCCUCCUCCUCCUCCUCCUCCUCCUCCUCCACCUGCUGUCGUGGAGCCAGUAGUUGUACCUCCUGUUGAAUCCUUCAUCCCACCUCGCGUAGAGCCAGAAACCCCAUCUACACCCCUGAUAGCAGAGCAGAUCAUGGAACCUCCACCUGUGGAGUUGUCCACAGCAGCUGUACCUCCACUUGAACCUCCAGCAACAUCUCUGCCUUCCGAACUUACCAUUGAACCUGCUGCUGUUGCUUCCUCUGCUGAACCUAUUGUCCUGUCAACACCACCAGUGGAACCAGUCCAGCCUGCACCUGCUGUUGAAUCUACACCAGUUGAACCAGUAAUCCAUCCCUGUCCUGCUGCUUCAGCUCCAGUUGAAGCAGUAGUUUUACCUCCACAAGUGGAAACAACUCUUGAUGAGCCUGUAGUCUCACCUGCUGCAGUUGAACAAGUGCCUCAAGUUGUGGCUCCAGCUGUGGAUCCAUCACCUCUAUGUGGAGUGGUUCCACCUCCACCUCCAGAGCCCGUGGCAGCAGCCUCUCCUGCUCCAGAGCUCAGUUUUGCAGAGCCCUCCCCACCCUGUCACUGUGUGGAGCUGGCCAUCGUACCCACUGAUGCACCUAUAAGCGAACCAAACGUAGAGCCUCUAGCACCUCCUCCACCUGAUCCAGCUACACCUGCUGAGAAGCCCACCAUCACCAUGUCUCUGCCCCCCUUUGUAAAGGAAGAGGUACCUGCUGUCGCCUCAGUGCCACCACCUGCUGCAGCUUCGCCCGUUUCUCCUGAAGCGUUUGAGGGGGAGUUGAGGCAGAGGAUCAAAGAGGAGAUGCAGCUAAGUCUGGAGGAGGAGAUCAGCCAGAGGAGGCAGGAGCUGCAGCGACAGCUGGAGGAGAUGAGAGCUCAGGCUCACGCUGAGGCUAAAGCAGCGGCUCAGGCUCAGGUGGACGAGCAGGUGAGGAAGACGCUGGAGGCGGAGAAGGCGGCGUACACAGAGAACCUGACGGACUCCAUCAUGAGGGAGCGAAUGAAGACAGAGGACCAGAGGCUCAUGGUGCAGCUUUAUUGGAUGGAGCUGAAGGCUCAUCAGCUAGAGGAGAGGGAGAAAGAGCUAAAGAAACGAGACGCUCUCUACAAGGAACAUGUCGCAAAACUGGAAGCGAAGUGCACUCAGUUCUACAAAGUGACUGCUGAGAGCUUCCAGAAGGGAAAAGAGGAGACUCACAACCGUUUUGCGCGUUUCAAUAUCCAGCCGCUGUGUGGUGACUUGCAGAGUCAGAUCUUAAAAUGUUACAGGGAGAACACAGGAAAGACUCUGUCCUGUUCGAGUAUCGCCUCGGCCUACAUGCAGUGUGUGGACAACGCCAAGAAGAAUAAACAGAGCACUGGAGGUUAAUCUGGACCAUCUGAUGAGGACGACGACAUCUGACAGCUUUACUGUUGCAGCAGGGAAAAGUUGAUAGACAGACGAAUUAUAGGAAACACAGAAUCAACUCCAGCCCUUACAUUCAGAAGAAGAGAAAGUGCCAUAUUGGCCAGUUGGACCAGUAGUCUGGUCUGGUAGUGGUGUCUCAGACAUUAGUUGCUUGGCCUUUAGCUUGGGUGCCAUUUUUGCAAGCUCUCUGGUUCUUGGGAUCACCUUUAUGCCAAUUGUGCCACAACAAUAACAGAUGGAUCAUUUUAAGUGCUUGUCUUUGUUAAAGAGGCACAACACAACAAAGGAGCAGAAUAUUUAAGUUUGUCAUAAGUGUUUUUCUUUUUGAUUGCAGUGUGCACUCAAGUGUUUGUAUGUAUGAGAUAUAUAUACUGAAUGGGAUCCAAGUAAAUUAUCAUGUAUGUGUGCCUCGAAGUUAUGAAAGCUAUCAGAUUGCAGAUGCAUCAGAGACAUGUUUAAUGAGCAGAGUGUGAAGAAACAAAGACCUGCACAUUUUUUUUUAGGUUUUUGGACUGUACCUAAAUUAUUUGAGGGGUUAUUUCGGGUGCUUGCAAAAAGCAGUCUCAAUAAACUUUGUUUCUGAACUUCUUUAAAUAAUGACUUAAAUGUUUUGCAGUUUGAGAAAAUGUUGGCAGGUUUUUGCUGCCCUCUGGUGGAAUUGUUGUAGAAUGCACCAUUUCAAAAAUGUCAUGGAGUGAGAGUUCAGCAUAAUACUCUUCACAGUGAUGCCAGGGGAGAUAACGCAUGACAACAUCAGUAAAAACCUCCAUUUACAGGAAGCUGUG